AUGGCACCAUUGAUUACAAUGCAAAAGUCCCCCGAAAGAGCAUUUGCUCUGCAGAAAUAUCUGCUCCUCCACUCUCAGCAUGAUGCUCUCCAGAAGCACAUCAACCAAGUCACUGCUUCCAUCCCCGAGAGCCCCACCGGAUACACCGAUCGUCAUCGCAACUCUUCCGUCUCUUCAGACUCCAGUACUGCUAGUGAUGCAUCAAUCUCACCUCUCAGUCCACCUAUUCCCAACAUCAGCUCCCGCAGGGGCAGUCUCCCACCCUCUUUCGGCCACACGCAACAUUUUCACCGCGAGGACAGGAUCAAUUCACUACCAGCGGUUGUAGAUGAAUCGAUUGUUGAAGUAGUUGAGGAAGAUGAGCAGAAAUUGAAAGACGUGAAUCAGCAAAUCAAGACUGCCUUGACUGAUCUACUCAACUGUGAGAGUGUGAAGAGCGAUAUCAGAUAUAGGAAAUGGGUUCAAACACGAUUGAUGGAUACGGAAAGAGAAUUGAAGGAGCGCAGAACGAGAAGCUUAUACGGAGAAUUCCAAAUGUCACCAUCUGAUCCGGAUUCUCACCGAGUCAAUAAUACCUCGAGAAUACCAGGUAAUGCCGGAUAUGUCAGCGUGCAAAAACUCGGCUUUGAAGAUAUGGAGAAGUGCACAGAAGAGAAGAUUGCGCCACAGCAUAAAAGUGCGUGGUUUGGAUUCAUCAAGUCGAUAGCAACAUUCAAAGGCGAUCUUUCAACGCUCACAGCGCCUCCAUUUCUUCUCUCUCCACAAUCCAUCGUCGAAUUUCCUACCUACUGGGCAGAACACCCAUCUCUGUUCAUCGCACCCACAAAAUCAGAGUCUGCUGAAGAAAGAGCAGUAUUAGUAUUAAGAUGGUUUAUCAGUACAUUGAAGUGGCAGCAUAGUAAUCGAGAUGAGAAUGGAAAGAAGAAGGGGAUGAAACCCCUCAAUCCAUUUUUGGGAGAGUGUUUUAUGGGUUCUUGGGAAGAUGAUGGGGAGGGUACGGGAAGAACGGAUUUGGUUGCUGAGCAAGUUAGUCAUCAUCCACCAGCUACAGCAUAUAAUAUUUCGAAUGAAAAACAUGGUGUACAACUCCAAGGCACCAUCGCUCCACAAUCCUACUUUAGCUCAACGGUACACAUAGAACGAAACGGCUACUCUCUUCUAACCCUCUCUCAACACGAUGAAACACACUUAAUUACUAUGCCGCCUGUACAUAUAGUCGGCAUCAUGUCUGGUUCCCUUAAUCCCGAAUUGAGCGGCACUUCCUAUAUCCGCUCCUCAUCCGGGUUCACAACUCGAAUAUCUUAUUCCUCGAAAGGCUGGAUCAGUGGAACACCUAAUGCAUUCUCCGCAAUCAUAUAUAAAGAUGGACGUGAGAGUACUCCAAUAUAUAAAGCCGAAGGACAAUGGAGUGGGGAAUUCAACAUCAAAGACAUGAGAAGUGGAAAACGCAUAUUGCAAUUCAAUGCGAAUUCGUUGAAGAGGAAAUCGCUGAAACUCAGGCCGAUCGAUCAGCAAAAGGAGUACGAAUCGAGAAGAGCCUGGCGUCAUGUUACACGAGCUAUUAAUGAAAAUGAUAUUUUUCAAAUUGGGAAAGAGAAAGGGAAGAUAGAGAAUGAACAGAGAGACUUGAGAAGGAAGGAAAAGGCCAAGGGGAUAGCGUGGGAAAGGAGAUUCUUUGUCAAGAGGGGGAGGGAUGAAGUUGCGGAACGAUUAGCGAAAGGUUUAGAGGGAUUGAGUUUAGAGAGUGGAGGUGGGAUAUGGAAAUGGGAUAAGGAGAGGUAUAGGGCUAUGGAGAGUGGGGAUACGGAAAGGAUAAGAAGAACGGAUGAUAUGAAAAAUCCGUUGGUGACAAGAUGGGAAUCAGGGGUUAUGGUUACGGAAGUUAGCGUUUGA